CUGCCAAUGGGUCACCACCAGUCGUAGCCCAUCCUUGCGAGUUGCCCAGCCAGAUAAGAGCGUUGAGACGGUCCCCUCCAAUUGUCCAUCCUUCACUCCACAUCUUCUUGUCCUUGCUACAGGGACCAGGGAGGUCACAGAGCUCUGUCUCCGGGGCGGCCAUGGAGGAGGAGCAGAGCCCGGGGGUCUCCAGGGAGCCGACGACGUCGCCCGGUCCUGUGCCGGAGGUGGAAUGCAAGCAUGAGGAUGGUGUGGAGAAUCCGGAGGACCCGGAGAGCACCAGCACUGGCAACGGCAAUGGCAUCAGCUCCCUGGAGCAGCCGCUGCUGAAGCGGAGCACCACCCUGACGGCCAGCCACCUCGCCAUCGUCGGCGCCAAGGUCUCGCACAUCGAGAGCCUCGACUACGAGAUCAUUGAGAAUGAUCUGUUCAAGCACGAUUGGAGGAGCCGAUCCAACGUGGAGGUGCUGCAGUACAUCUUCCUCAAGUGGGCCAUGGCGUUCCUCGUUGGCCUCCUCACCGGCGUCAUCGCGUCGCUCAUCAACCUCGCCAUUGAGAACAUCUCCGGCCUCAAGAUGCUUCACAUGGUCAACCUCGUCCGGGAGAAGCGCUACUGGGCCGGCUUCUUCUACUUCGCCGGCCUCAACUUCGCGCUCACCUUCGUUGCUGCCCUGCUCUGCGUCGUCUUCGCCCCCACCGCCGCCGGCCCCGGCAUCCCCGAGAUCAAGGCUUACCUCAACGGCGUUGACACGCCCAACAUGUUUGGCGCGCCGCAGCUCAUCGUCAAGAUCAUCGGUAGCAUCGGCGCUGUGUCGUCGGGGCUGGAUCUCGGCAAGGAGGGCCCGCUGGUGCACAUCGGCGCGUGCCUGGCGAACCUGCUCAACCAGGGCGGCGAGGGUCGCUGGCGGCUGCGGUGGCGGUGGCUGCGCUACUUCAACAACGACCGCGACCGGCGCGACCUGAUCACGUGUGGCGCGUCGUCGGGGGUGUGCGCGGCCUUCCGCUCGCCCGUGGGCGGCGUGCUGUUCGCGCUGGAGGAGGUGGCGACGUGGUGGCGGAGCGCGCUGCUGUGGCGCACCUUCUUCAGCACGGCCACCGUCGUGGUGGUGCUGCGGGGCUUCAUCGAGGUGUGCCGCAACGGGCGGUGCGGCAUGUUCGGCGAGGGCGGGCUCAUCAUCUUCGACGUCAGCGACGUCACCGUGCCGUACCACGUCGGCGACCUCCUCCCCGUCACGGUCGUCGGCGUGCUCGGCGGCCUCCUGGGCAGCCUCUACAACCACGUCCUCCACAAGGUGCUCCGGCUGUACAACCUCAUCAACGCCAAGGGCCGGAUGGCGAAGCUGGCGCUGGCGUUGGCCGUGUGCGUCUUCACGUCGGCGGGGCUGUACGUGCUGCCGUUCACCGUGCCGUGCACGCCGUGCGACCCGGCAUUUGGCGAGGCGUGCCCGACGGUGGGGAAGUCUGGCAACUUCAAGCAGUUCAACUGCCCCGCCGGAUACUAUAACGACCUGGCGUCGCUGCUGCACGCCACCAACGUCGACGCCACCAGCAAUAUCUUCUCCACGGGUACCUCCGGUGAGUUCCGGCUCGACUCGCUGCUCAUCUUCUUCGCCAUCUACUGCGUGCUGGGGCUCUUCACCUUCGGCAUCGCCGUGCCAUCGGGGCUCUUCCUGCCCAUCAUCCUCAUGGGCUCCGCCUACGGCCGCAUCCUCGCGCUCGUGCUCGAUCGCUUCGUGCACAUCGACCACGGGCUCUACGCCGUACUAGGCGCCGCCGCGCUCAUGUCGGGGUCCAUGAGGAUGACCGUCUCGCUCUGCGUCAUCUUCCUCGAGCUCACCAACAACCUCCUCCUGCUCCCCGUCACCAUGUUCGUGCUGCUCAUCGCCAAGACCGUCGGCGACGCGUUCAACCCCAGCAUCUACGAGAUCAUCCUCGACCUCAAGGGGCUGCCGUUCCUCGAGCCUAAGCCGGAGCCAUGGAUGAAGGACCUCACUGUCGGCGAGCUCGCCGCCGCCAAGCCGCGCGCCGUCACGCUCCAGGUCGUCGAGAAGGUGUCAACCAUAGUCGAAGUGCUGCGGUCCACCAGCCACAACGGGUUCCCCGUGCUGGACCGGCCGCGCCCGUGCGUGUCGGAGCUGCACGGGCUCGUGCUCCGGUCCCACCUCGUUGCCGUGCUCAAGAAGCGGUGGUUCCUGCCGGAGAAGAGGAGGACGGAGGAUUGGGAGGCCAGGGAGCGGUUCUCGUCGACGGAGCUCGCAGAGAAGGCCGGGAAGAUCGACGACGUGGAGCUGACACCGGAGGAGCUUGACAUGUACAUUGACCUCCACCCGUUCACCAACACCACGCCGUACACCGUCGUCGAGACCAUGUCGGUGGCCAAGGCCGUCGUGCUCUUCCGGAGCUGCGCGCUCCGGCACAUGCUCAUCAUCCCAAAGUUCCAAGGCCCUGAGAUAUCUUCAAUUGUGGGGAUCCUGACAAGGCAGGACCUGAGGGCACACAACAUCCUGGGUGCAUUUCCUCACCUGGCAAACAAAAGGAAAGCACACUGAAGGUCUGAAACUCUAAAGCACCAUUUUUGGUAAUUAAAUGUUCCUUGUAUCCAAACAAAAAGCUCAAGUUGCUUCUAGUUCUAUGAGAUUAUGAGAUUCUUUUUUUCUGUUUUAUUUUUCUCUGUAAUUAGAUUGAGGAUUACUUGCUUCUCAUAUGAGAGUGUGUGAAUAAUUGCUGUUCAUGUAAAAUCACACAUGUACUUUUCCGCUCUAUGACCGAUGUAGUCAAAACGGACGUGCACCAAUGAUGCCAUAUAUCAGUUUUUGUUUAGAUGUUUCAA